ACAACAUAAGGUAGCCAUGGCCUACUCUUCUCGCACUCCUCCAGCUCCAUUCUUAUCCUUCUUCCUAACUGUUGUAUCAUUUCUUUGCCUCUUCUUGUUCUUCACUUCCUCUGCCUUCGGUCGUAGAGUAGGUGUCCACUCUCAGUUGUCAAGGGAAGCAGAGGCUCUCCUCAAAUGGAAAGCCACCCUCCAAAGCUACUAUGUUCCUGCUCUCCGUUCUUGGAGGCUUACAUCCUCACCAUCUCCCAACACCACUACUACUAAGGCUUCAUCAUCAGCAAUCCCAUGCAAGUGGUUUGGGAUAACUUGCAACAAAGCCAGAAGCAGCGUGGUUGAGAUUAGCCUUCCAGAUGUGGAGCUGCGAGGUACGCUUGACAACUUCACCUUCUCUACCUUUCCCAAUCUCCUCCAUCUUAAUCUCAGCGACAAUGGACUCACAGGAACCAUACCAGUGCAUAUUGGUAGCCUCUCCAAACUCACCCACCUCGAUCUCUCCAAUAAUUAUUUUUCCAGCGUUUUGCCUCCCUUAAGUAAUUUAAGCAGCCUGCGCUUCUUAGACCUCUAUGCCAAUGAAAUCAGUGGCACUAUUCCUUUAGAAAUAGGGAAUAUGAAAAAUUUGGUUGAAUUAGCACUAAGUUGGAAUAAAUUCACUGGUAUGAUCCCCCCGGUCUUGGCUAAUUUAACCAACCUUUGCUAUCUAUACUUGCCCUACAAUGAACUCAGAGGUCCAAUACCUUACACAAUGGGAAAUCUAGAAAAUUUGGUUGUGUUGGAACUAGAAACAAACAAACUCAUUGGUCCAAUUCCUCAUUCUCUGGCUAAUUUAACUAAACUGGAGAGCCUCUAUUUGUAUGACAAUCAAUUGUCUGGUCCGGUGCCUUCAGAAUUAGGAGAUAUGGAAAAUCUGGUUCACUUGAUACUAUAUCAAAACAAACUUAGCGGUCUAAUCCCUCAUUCUCUGACCAAUUUAAGUAAACUAGAGCAGAUCUAUUUGUAUGACAAUCAAUUAUCUGGUCUGGUGCCUUCAAAAAUUGGAGAUAUGAAAAAUCUGAUUGCUUUGGAUCUGUCUCAAAAUAAACUCAGUGGUCCAAUCCCUCAUUCUCUGGCUAAAUUAAGAAAACUAGAGCAUUUCAAUUUGUACGGCAAUCAAUUAUCUGGUCCAGUGCCUUCAGAAAUUGGAGAUAUGAAAAAUCUGAUUGAUUUGGAGCUAUCUCAAAACAAACUUAGCGGUCCAAUCCCUCAUUCUCUGGCUAAUUUAAGUAAACUAGAGGUGAUCUAUUUGGAUGAGAAUCAAUUAUCUGGUCCCAUACCUCAAGAUUUUGGUAGCCAAGCAUCCAUUGUAGCAGUUCAAUUGUCUGACAACCACUUAUCAGGAAGCUUACCUCAACAAUUAUGCCGAGGACGAUCACUUCAAAGAUUAGCAGUUCAGAACAGUAGUCUUAUGGGUCCUAUUCCAGACUUGAGAAAUUGCACAAGUUUAAGUGGAGUUCGACUUGAAAACAACCAAUUUGUAGGAAAUAUAACCGACAAUUUUGGUGUACAUCCACAUCUUUAUUACAUUGAUAUGAGUCACAACAGACUAUAUGGUGAGUUCACAUCAAAUUGGGGAGAAAGUAAGAAUUUGUCAGUGCUAAAGAUUUCUGGAAACAAUAUUAGUGGGAGGAUACCACCUAGGGUUGGUCAAUUAAUAGGACUUAGAGUACUUGACCUUUCUUUUAACCAAUUUUAUGGAGAAAUACCGAAGGAACUUGGUAGCUUAUCAGCUUUGCUCCACUUAAAUUUAAAUGACAACCAGCUUUCAGGGCAUGUACCAGUUGAAAUAAGCAAAUUAAUAAAUUUGGAGCUUCUUGACCUCUCAGCAAACAAGCUAACGGGAUCAAUCCCGAAACAAGUUGGUCAAUGCUCCAGAUUGUUGUCAUUAAAUUUGAGUUGGAAUUCAUUGAAUGGAAGCAUUCCAUCUCAAAUUGGUGAUCUAAUAUCUCUACAAGCACAAUUGGACCUUAGUCAUAACUCAAUCAGUGGACUCAUACCACCACAACUUGGAAAGUUGAUAAUGUUGGAAAUUUUGAAUCUGUCACACAAUAUGAUCACAGGCUCAAUACCUCUUUCUCUUGAAGACAUGGGUAGCUUAGUAUCUCUUGAUUUCUCCUAUAAUGAGUUGGAGGGUGUUGUUCCCAACAACAAAGUUUUCAGAAAUGCUUCACCACAAGCAUUUAGAAACAAUAAAGGGUUAUGUGGUGACCUUCAAGGUCUACUUCCCUGCAACCAAUCUCAUAGAAGCAAGGGAUCGAAUAAAAAUGGACAUAAGGUUGUCAUAUCCAUCAUUGCUUCUUUGAUAGGAAUUGUGUUCCUAGUACUUGCAAUUAUCGGUGUUUUCCAUCUCUUGCGAAAAAAAAUGAAAAAAGGAAAUAUAGAAGCAACAACAAGAAAUCAUGGCAAUAUAUUUUCAAUAUGGAAUUUUGAUGGCCAGAUUGCUUAUGAGGACAUUAUUCAAGCAACAGAGAAUUUUGAUUCCAAAUAUUGCAUUGGAACUGGAACUUCUGGGAAUGUUUACAAAGCAGUGCUACCUACUGGCCGUGUUGUAGCCUUGAAGAAGUUUCACCCAUUGGAAGGUGAAACAAUAGUUAACGAUGAAAGCUUUAGGAAUGAGAUGUGCAUAUUAACAGAAAUAAGGCAUCGGAAUAUUGUCAAACUUUAUGGAUUUUGUUUCCAUCCACGAUGCAUGUUUCUUGUGUGUGAGUACAUGGAAAAAGGAAGCUUAGCACGGAUUUUGAGCAAUCAAGCUGAGGCUAUUGGGUUGGAUUGGCUGAAAAGAGUAAAUGUCAUCAAAAGUGUGGCUAAUGCUUUGUCUUACUUGCAUAAUGAUUGUAUUCCACCAAUAAUUCAUCGGGAUAUUUCAAGCAAAAAUAUAUUGCUAGACUUGGAACUCGAGGCUCGUGUAUCUGAUUUUGGAAUUGCAAGACUAUUAAAGCCAGACUCAUCUAAUUGGACGUCACUUAAAGGAACUCAUGGAUAUAUUGCUCCAGAGCUUGCCUACACCAUGGCUUUAACUGAAAAGUGUGAUGUAUAUAGUUUCGGAGUAGUUGCAUUAGAAACAAUUAUGGGAAGGCAUCCAGGGGAACUCAUCUCAUCUUUUACGUCACUAGUUGGCCAAAAUAUGCUAUUAAGAGACAUGUUAGACCCAUGCCUCGCCUUUCCAUCAGAUCAAAGGGUUGCAAAGGAUGUGGUUUCUAUUAUGAGAAUAGCACUUGCAUGUUUACGCAGCCACCCACAAUCCCGUCCAUCUAUGCAUCAAGUAUCAAAAGAACUACUUGUUCUCCAACCAUUAUUUGUGGAGCAUUUUCAUACAAUCACUAUUGGUGAUUUAAAUGAUUUUGACGUAUAAUAACUGUGAUUGAAGAUUCAUUUCACCAACAAAGGACUGAGGCAAUUCAUUUGAGACUUCCUUAGACAAUUAUGUGAGGGAAUAUGAAGAAUUCAAGAUUCGGGAAAAUGAUUUCCGUGGCAUAGAAAGUCCCCGAAGUAGUUUAGACAAUGCAAGAUGGAACACCAUGGCCAGGGAACAAUAUAUGGGAUCAUCCAGGAAUGAUCUAGACUGUGAUAUCUAUGUGCAGUCUCCUUAACAGUUUGAUGGGAUUGAUUGCCAUGACAAAUAUUCAAAUCGGAAUGCCAUCUUCUUUGAUAUCAACAUGAAAGGACUAGAUGGGAUCCAAUCAAGGACCAAUAUAUGCUGGAACAGGAUGUAUUUUCAGAAGGCAAGCAAUUGAAUGAUUUUAUUGCCCUUCAAAUGAGCCUGAACUGCUGAUUGGUUGAAGAUAUCUGACCUCACAAAGGUUAGGUCAAGUUUAGGGCUGUUCGAACAGGGAGAUAUGCUGGUUGCAAGAAAAAUGAAACUUUCGGACAACCUUUAAGAACUGUAAGUAGGGACUUCUUUACAAUGCCCCAGUAAAAAAGAAACCUCCUGGAAAGACAUGCAACUGAAAGUCUAAAAGGUGCUGCUUGUGUUGUGGUUCUAAGAAGGAAAAGAAGAAAAUAAAGCACAGAGAAAUUUCAACACAGAUACAUAUGCCCUUGAAAAUAUUGAAGAGGGGAUUGAAGGUAAUUUGUGGCAUAGUCACGGUAUUGGUUCUUUAGUUGAUCCAUGAUCUACUCAUGCAAACCCACAGUAUGGCCUAGGUUGAUCUAGAUUCCGUUUCUAUUAAAUGAUUUUAUUGGAAAAGUUUUCUUCCUAGUGAUGGCAA